GAGCGAUCGCUGCUGUCGGGGACCCACACGCUGAGGCUGAACAGUCGCUGUCGGAAGCCAUCGCCGUUGGCGGAGCCGCUCAGUCGCCGGAGACACAGCGGCCAUGAACCGCUUCAGAGUCUCCAAAUUCAGGAACACGGCGGCGCAGGUCCCGCCGCGGGCGGCCUGGAUCACUGACAUCAGAGCAGCCCCUGCUCCUUCAUGCAGCAACCACAUCAAAUCAAGCAGCACCCUCAUCGCCUUUAGUACAAGCAACCCAGCAGGAAGUCUUGGAAUUGUGCCUCUAGAAAAUGGAAACCGGGAACAGCAGCUGGUGUCUGAACUUCCGUGCCAUGGAGAUGCAGUGACAGAUUUUGACUUCUGCCCAUUUGAUGAUUGGCUGUUGGCCACGUGCUCAGCUGACGAGACGGUGAAACUCUGGAGAUUCUCUGGGUCUUCUGCAAAGUCGGAGGCCGUUGUCACCCUCGGGCCUGAAGCUGUGAGGAUUGAAUGUGUGCUCUUCCACCCCGCUGCAGAUGGUGUACUCACCACUGGAGCAGGCAAUACAGCCAAGGUCUGGGACCUGACUCGACAGAAAGCUUUCGUAGCUCUCGAAGACCAUGGUGACCAGAUCCAGAGCUUGUGUUGGAAACAAGAUGGUAGCCUCCUGGGUUCCUCCUGUAAAGAUAAGAAACUGCGGAUCUUCGACCCCAGAGCAAGUUCCUUGGCUGUGCAGAGCAUUGAAGGCCACAAGACGAACAAGGAUUCCCGGGUGAUCUGGCUCAGUUCGACGGAGAAUAUCAUUUCAACUGGAUUCAGUCAGCUUCGAGAACGGGAGGUCAAACUGUGGGAUACUCGCAAGUUCACCUCUUCCAUCAGCACAUUGACACUGGACAGUGCCCAGGGGGUGCUCAUGCCACUGUUCGAUGCUGACACUGGGCUGCUGAUUCUGAGUGGAAAGGGUGAUAGCUUUCUUCACUGUUACGAGGUUUCUGCUGCACAGGCUGCCAUUACUCAAGUGAAUCAGUGCCUGAUGGAGGCCAAAUCCAAGGGGGCCGCCCUGGUGCCCAAACUCAUCCUGGACGUGAUGGCGUGUGAGGUUCUUCGCGUGCUGCAGCUCACAGAGAAUUGCAUCAUCCCAGUCACCUACACUGUACCCCGCAAGUCCCAGAAGGAAUUCCAUGAGGAUUUAUUCCCUGAUACAGUUGGUGCCAUUCCUGCUAUGGCUGCCCAGGACUGGUGGAGUGGAUCCAACAAAGAGGUGCCGAAAGUGUGUUUAAACCCAGGAAAACGCACAAAUCAAAGUUUCAGCUCAAUUGCUGUCCCCGGCCCUCGUGGGCCACCAGAGGAGACUGUACGACCUGUUGUAGGAGAACCAGGGCCCAAAGAGCAGCCGCUACAAAGCAACCAAUCACCAUCCUCAAGCCCCUUGACCUCGCCAUCUAUGACCUCUCUCAGCAGCACCAGUGGAAAGUCGAGUGGCUUCGUAACCAGCCCUCAGAGCCAGAAAUCCCUGCACAGUCUUUUUGGCUCCAGCUCCAAGUUCCGACACGUGCAGGGGUUAGUCAGCCAUCGGGACACACACAUCACCAACCUGAAGGGGCUGAACCUGACCACCCCCGGGGAGUGCGAUGGCUUCUGUGUCAAUCGGGAGCGAGCUGCUAUACCAUUGUCCAUAUCAGGAGGGCAGAUCGCUGUCCUAGAGCUCUCCAAGCAUGGCCGAUUGCCAGAUGGCGCUAUACCCACUAUCCAGAACACAGCGGCCGUGGUGGACAUGAGCUGGGAUCCGUUUGAUUGCUCCCGCCUCGCUGUUGCCGGGGAGGAUGCAAAGAUCCGGGUCUGGAGAAUUCCUGAUGGAGGACUGACCGAGAUUAUCUCAAAGCCUGAGACAGUGCUUCCUGGGCACCCUGAGAAAAUCUACUCCAUCAAAUUUCAUCCAUUGGCAGCCGAUAUCCUGGCCUCGUCCUCGCAUGACAUGACAGUGAAGAUCUGGAAUCUCGAUACGGGCAAAAUGGUGAUCGAGUUGAAGGGGCACAAGGACCAGAUCUUUAGUUUGUGCUGGAGCCCGAACGGGCAGUUCCUCUCCACUGUCUGCAGAGACGGCAAAAUUCGGAUUUAUGAUCCUCGCCGCUCAGUGAGCCCAUUGCAGGAAGGCCCAGGUCCCGAGAGGAAUCGUGGUGCCCGGAUCCUGUGGGUGUGCGGUGGCCAAUAUCUGCUGGUCUCCGGCUUCAACAGCCUCAGUGAGCGACAGGUCUACCUAUACAAAGCGGAGGCUCUCUCAGCGGGUGUUGUGGCCACUGCCAGCCUUGACAUGGCUCCGUCUACGCUCAUCCCUUUCUACGAUGAAGACACCAGGACCGUUUUCCUCACUGGAAAGGGCGACACCAAGGUUUGCAUCUUUGAGAUCCAGACGGAAAAUCCACACUUCUUGGAAUGCAGCACUUUCUGUUCGGCGGACUUGCACAAGGGCUUUGGCUUCCUGCCCAAGACUGAGUGCAACGUGCGGGAGGUGGAGUUUGCCCGCGCCUGGCGCCUCAGCCACAGCUCAUUAGAGAUGGUGCUGUUCAGCGUUCCUCGAGUGAAGAAGGAAUUCUUCCAGGAUGAUAUUUUCCCGGAGACCAGUGUUUGGUGGAAGUUCGCGCUCUCCGCCUCCGCCUGGCUUUCCGGCUCCAACCAACAACAUCAGAAAAUCAGUCUGCAACCCAGCAAUAUGACACCAGUCAGUGCCGCCCCCAAAGAGGCUCCAGUCAGGAAAUACCCUACCUCAGCGUUCUACCUGGAGGAGAAAACAGACGAUCAGAAGAAAGAGGAGCUGCUGAGUGCAAUGGUGGCAAAGCUGGGAAACCUGGAUGACCCCCUUCCUCAGGAUGCAUUUGAGGGGGUGGACGAGGAGGAGUGGGACGAAUAGUUCACCACGAUUGACCUCUGCACAGCACAGUGUUUCAUCUCCUAAUGGCUGAGCUCAGCCUUUCUGUCUGCCUGAGUGCCAUUAAUCAGAAGUGCACUGACAAACCCCUAGCCUGCUCCCUGAACCUCAAUGCAGCUUGUUCCUAGCUCCCCAUUGAGCCUUGCUUUCCAUUGCAACUUGCUUCCUAUUGUAGCUUACCCUCCAUUGCAUCUCUCUCCCCAACCCCAUCUGCCUUGCACCUCACGUCCUCUGCUUUAUCCCCCCUCAUUUCUUGCUCACUCUCAAGUACCUAAGCCUCACUCACUGCUCACACCUGUGCCGCACUCCCCAGCCACACACAAGCGUGCCUCAUUCCUGGUCCCCUGCAGGCACAGCUGGACCUUCCACCCACAUCUGUUUUGCAUUUUGCCGGUUUCUUUACUAAUUGGCAAUCAGGGUUUGAUAAAUAAAAACCUUCAGGUUAAAAAAGGGAAUUUUGUUGUGCUGCUUCUUUCUUCUGCUGAAUUGGGAAAAAGGUCUGCAGUGUAUAUCAGAACCUUUCCUGUGCCCUGCCCAGGAAUGUGAGAGCAGCCAGAAAACAAAAACCUUCACAAGAGUGAAAUUCUCAAGUCAGGGACAGAUUUUAGCUUUAUAGAGUUAAGCUACUGAGAGGAAAAGAAGCUCUUUAGGCGAAAGAAGGAAACCAAAUUUUCAGGCAACUUGUAGCAAUUAAACACAUAUCAAUGCUACCUCUGUUUUUCUAAAUCACUCUUUUUAUUAAUCCCACUGUCCAGCUCUCUCCUGAUAUCCCUAAUGCAUCAGUUCUGUUCCUUAUCCUGCUCUGUUCUGAAUGAUUCUAUUGAUCCAGACUCAGUAGCCACAUAACAUACUGAUUUCCACACACUGUAACAACCCUCUGAGUGAAGAAAUUCCUUCUAACUGCUCCCUUCAUUCAUUUUUCUGUUAACAAUGCUGAGACUGUGCUGCCUUGUUACUUUUUCCCCAACUAAAAGUAAUAGUUAUUCCCCA